CGCAUGUUGAGCGCGCGUGAUUUUGUGGCUCUUUCGCCUGCGCCUGGGUCUUUAUUUGUGGCUCGCGUAUGUGUGAUUGUGUGCGUGUGUGUGAGUCGUGUUUGUGUUUUUAUACCCUUGCGCUGAGCAUUCGAAUUCUAUGACGAAGUUUAACAAUUGCUCCGGCCUCACUCAAACGCCGUUUGCAUGGCAAAAUCGCUCAGAGUAUUUAGAGUGCUACAUGCGAAUGUGUGCGCUUCUUGUAUGUUUUGGCUUCGCAUCGAGAAAUGCGGGCUGGCUGCUAGCAGCGCUGCAGACGUCGUUGCCGUCGACGUUGUCGUUGUCGUUGUUGUCGCGGCCGUCACAGCUCGCGGUGGUUGUUAUUUUUUUGGUUUUGGUUUUUAGUUGCUGUUUAAACUUGGUCGUGAGAGGGUAGCAGCCCCCGUCGUCAUCCAUUGCCACCCAAACGAUCGCGCGCUGGCAAAAAGCAACACAGUAAAGUGAAUGUGAUAAGUGAACUUUGGGUCAAGUGAAUAAAGUGAAUCUGGCUGGCGCGCUGGCCAACAACAACAAAUACAACAUUAAUCUACACAUAUUGCAACAAAUUCUAAUGGCGCCCGCUGCCGUUGUUGCCUCGUCGGGCUCCUCACCCACCACAACGAAUUCGCUGCAGGACAUGAGCGCAGCCGCCGCGGCCAUAGCGCUGGACAUGAAGCCCAAAGUCGAAUUGGCCGUGGUGCCCGCUCAAAAGAUUAAGAAAUUGGUGCGCCGUAAUGCCUCCGACAAGCUAAAGCUCAUCAAAAUGGUCCACGACAAUCCCAUUUUGUGGGACUCGCGUCUGCCCAAUUUCAAGGGCGCCGAGGAGGAGAAGAAUCGCGCCUGGGAGCACAUUGGCCGGGAAUUCAAUGCGCCCGGAAGACGCGUUGCACGCGCCUUCAAAUCCCUGCGCGAAUCGUAUCGCCGCGAAUUGGCCCACGUGAAGUUGAUGGGCAACGGAUUCAAGCCAAAAUGGAGCCUGUACGAGGCCAUGGACUUCCUCAGAGAUGUUAUCAGAGAAAGAAAGGGCGCUUCACAUACGGGCGAUCUCAGUUUGAGCGCAUUUGCUCAUCAUUUACACAAUAACAACAACAACAACAACAACAAUAACAACAACAAUACAACAGCAGCCGCUGCCGCUGCGGCCGCCUUGAAGCCGCACUCGUCCUUCAUGGAUGCAUCGGAGGCUGCACUGAAUCUGUCCAAGUGCUCGGGACUGAACUUGAGCCACGAUGAUUACUUCUACGACUACAAUGUGAAGUCGGAGCUGGAUUUGUCGGCUGGCGGCGGUGGCGGCGGCGGCAGCGGCAGCGGCAGCGGCGCUCGUAAAGCGGGCAGCAGCAGCAGCAGCAGCAGCGGCGGCAGCGCCGGCUUGGGCUUGCGCUUGCCCAUAGCGCUGCCGCUGCUGCCGAUGCCCGCCCACCAGCAGCAUGCGCUGGCCACGGCACAGGCCAUACACAACGAUAGCCGCGUGAGCUCCACACGCAACGACAGCGGCGCCACAGAGGCGAAUCAUCAGCGGAGCUACGAUGAUCUCGAUGCCAGUUCGAUGCGCAGUGGGGAUGAGGAUGCUGGCAAUGCCUCCGAUGAGGUGGAGGAACUGGAGGCCAUCGAUGCCGACUUUCCCUAUCCCAUCAUACUCGACUCGAAUUCGCCGGGCAGCGAGAACGGCGGCAGCGGCGACGCUUGCCAGACGCCCGUCAGUGGACGCAAGCGACGUCGCGCUGCCGAACCGGAGGAUCUGGACGAUGAGGGCGACAUGGAUGGCGAUGAUUACGAGGAUCAAAUGCUGCAGCAGCAUCGCCACCUGCGCCAGCAACAGAAUGUCGUACCCGGAGAACUGGAUAUGCCGCCGCCGCAGACGGUGCGCGAGGUGCUCAACUCCAAGUUCUGCGGCUUCAUCUCGGCCAAGCUGAACAGCAUGGAGGACUCGGAGGCCGACAAUCUGAUGAAUCGCAUACUCCUGCUGGUGGUGCAAAUGCAACAGUGCGAGACACCCAAAUAGUCGAGGAAUAUGAAGUGGAAUUCGGGUUUGGGGCUCGGCUUGGGUUUCGGGUUGGGUUUGGGGUUUUUUUCACUAGUUUCUAAGUAGAGGAAGAGCUCAUUAUGGAUUAAUGCAGCUGCUCAAAGCAAAACGUUUUCUUGCCAUUUACCAAAAUGUUUCACAAAUCUGUACUCUCAAUAUGCCAUAAAUCAUGCCAAAAUUGUGCCAUGCCAAAAAAAAAAAAACGAAAGAAAAUAAGAAAAUAUAAGAAUCAAUGGAAGACUUCUUUAAAGCUAUAUCCCAAAAAGAAAAGAACAUAAAGAGAAUGAAAUAUACAAAUGUAUGAACUCAAUGAAAAGACACAACAACAAAGACAAAGAUAGUUAGCCAUAUAUGAGAUUUAGUUUAUUAUAAACGUUAAUUUAGUUCUAAGUGGAUCGAACUAUAUAUAUGUACACAUAUAUGUCUAUGAUAUAGAACUGUUUCAGUUUGAUUUCUAGCUCUCUUCAACAUUUUUUUUUAGUUCUUCAUAUAUAUAUAUGUAUAUCUAUAUAUUAUCUUAGCCAACAUCUCAUCACAUGUUAUCUUAUAGUUUCUCUUCCUUUUGAAGAUAGUUCUUAACUCCAAUCAUGAAGAGUACAAAACAAGAA